CUGAGGCCGUGGCUGGAGGAGCAGAUUCAGUCUGGGAGGUAUCCAGGAGUCAGCUGGCUGGACCAGGUAGACUCCCUCCAUCUCAUCCUCUUCCCAUACUCCUACAUACAUUCAUGCAGGUGAACACACAUGUCGACACUUUAAUCUCUUCAAUGAUAUUUUGUUCUUUAGUCAGCACAAAUCUUCCAAAUCCCGUGGAAGCAUGCCGCUCGACAUGGCUGGAGUAUUGACCGAGAUGCAACACUCUUCAGGAGCUGGGCCAUGCACACUGGACGGUAUCGCCCAGGCAAAGAUAAGCCAGAUCCAAAGACAUGGAAGGCCAACUUUCGCUGUGCUUUGAAUUCUCUGCCCGACAUCUGUGAGCUGCAGGAGCACAGCAGGAAGAGAGGCAGCAACGCCUACAGAGUGUACAGGAUGCUGCCCAGCACGCACACACCCAGACGCAGGAGAGGGCUGCGUUUGUUCAGCAGACCCCGAGAAAGACAGGCCGGUUUAGGUGAUGAUACACACAUCACACACACUUGGCAACCCACAACAGCAAGACCUGUUCCAGACACACCGCAGAAGGUGGAGCCCCCUACUGAAGACAUCUUUGCCAACACUCAAACACACGGCAUGUGGGAGACAAAACCAGAGGACCAGGAGCAAAAUGAGGCUGUAUACAAGUUGAUGGACCACCUAAGCAGCAGUGACCACUGGAACCAGAUCGAGGAGCAGAAAGGAUGGAGGACACACACACUGUGGGACCACUGGCAUGGCGCUGGGGAUGAAUAUGCGUAUUCUCUGCACACAAACACCUAUGGUGAUCUGUUUGGUCCAAACUACAUCAAGGAACUCUCUGAUUGGUCCAUACAUCAGCAAACACUGAUGCUCUAGCUGUUCACAAACAGCUCACAUUUGGUUAAAGCUGUGUUUGCUUCUCGCUAACCUUCGGCUGUGUUCCGCCCUGCUGUCUGUCUGACUCAGCUGACCACUGCAGAAGAGAAACAAGAGAGGGGAGAGCGGACGGAGAUUAUUGCUCUGUCAGUCAGCGCAUUGGUCAUCUCUCUGCUGAGCAUGCUGAGAUGAAGAUCAUGUUCCAAGCCAAGCUUUUCUUCUGUCAUCAUCACCUGGGUUCAUUCUGGUUCAGAGGCUAAAACUCACUGAAGUGACACCAUGCUUACACCACAGUGCACAGAGUAAGCAGAUCUCAUUUCUCUUCAGUGCAGGAUCGGUUGUGCUUUUUUGUCAAUAUAUAUGCGUUUGAUACUGUCAUGCAAAUGUCUCUAAAUAUGACACUUAUAAAAAUCUGUAUUAAGUGAUAAUUGGUGCAUUUUGUUGUUAGACUAUGUUAAAUGUUUUGGUUGUGUCUGUUUUGUGUAUUUUUUUGAUUAGUUCAACAUCUCAAACAGUUUAAAAUUAACUGAUGCACAUGACCGUGUCAGGAGUCUUUUAGUUGUAGGUAUAUCUAUUCAGUUAUUUUAAAAAACAACUACAUUGAUGAUGUGGCUUUAUUUUGAAUCAUCUUUUAAAGUUUUGUGUUUAUAUUUUUUAAAUAAUUUUCAAGAAACAUAUUGACAGCAGCUAAAAACACUCAGCAGCACAGAUAAAAUAUGAUGUGUGACAAGUUCCGCCCUUAAAAAUGAUUUACCAUAAAAAGAAAACCACGUGUAGAUCGAGUGUUGUGCAACCACAAGUAAAGCCCACUCACACCUCCAGGUGAACAGUAAUCUACUGAAAUCUAAUCUCUUCAACGAGACAGUAGAAAACUGUUUUCAAAAGGCUUCAGAGAGCUAGACAUGGGGAAUGUGAGGUUAAUAUGAGGAAAUGUCAACUUAAAUGGAACUUCAUUUCUUAUUUAAAAAAAUGUUUACUUGAUUAAUAAUUGCCUUAAAGGGACAGGUGUUGCAAAUUAGCAUCCACUAUAAACACUCUGAUAUUGCUGUUUUCAGUUUGUCUAUGUACUGUAUCUGAAAUAAAACACAAGAUAAAUAAUAAUAAAAAAAAAGCUUUUAAUGGUAUGAAGACCACUGUUAUCUGUCUUUGCCGUUUUCAGGCCCAGCUC